AUGACUCUCAAACUUCGCACUACCGGCAUCUUGACCGGCACCAACAAGCACACCCUGGACGACAAGCCUUUACGACUCGACCGCAAGCCCCAGGCGAAAGGUACAAUCUGCAGCCGUUCAACGGGAGACGAUCAAUCGCCAAAGACCGGUAAACUCGGCCAUACUCUGAGUCGUUGGGGUCUACCUGACGAACUCGCAAAAAUGGCUUCCAUCGCUUUAUGGCUCGCGGUUUUGGCUGCUGCUUCAACCACAGCAUCCCCAGUCCUAUCAGCCAAGGCCGAAAGCAACACUCUAAACGUAGAUGUGGAUCUCCAAGACAUCACUUCAGCAGUCAGAUCCCUCUUCCUCCCCGGCUCUCUCAAUGCUACAACGCCGACAAACUCUUCGAGAUGCAAAGUCUACCCUGAUGACCCCGAAUGGCCUUCCGAUGAAGCUUGGUCCCAACUCAGCAAACUCACUGGUGACCGUGUCAUCAAUGCACCUACUCCUCUGGCGGCAGUGUGCUACCCUGGCGAAGACUACAACGCUGCAAAAUGCUCAGAGUACACUGUGGCAGCAUGGCAAAAGUCAUAUAUUCAUAUGAUCGAUCCCAUAGAGAUAAUGUCUCCAGUCGCACAGGGCAUGACCUGCACGCCUCCAGUUCUCUUCGACUCCCAUGGCUGCACUCGUGGAGGCUUCCCCAUGUACGUUGUCAACGCCACUGAGCCGAAGCACGUUCAACUUGCGGUGAACUUUGCUAGAAACACCGGUGUCAGACUCGUCAUCAAGAACACUGGCCAUGACUUCCUAGGCAAGAGUGGUGGCAAGGAUGCUCUUAGCAUCUGGACACACAACAUGAAGAAUAUCGAGUAUAUCGAGGAGUAUGCUGAUGAGAAGCUCAACUGGACGGGCCCAGCGUUCAAGAGCGGUGUCGGUGUGCAGGCCUUCGAGAUUUACAAGGCUGCAGCUGAGAAGGGCAGGGUCGUCGUUGGUGGUGAAGCCUCGCGCUUUGGCUUCAAUUCUGCUCAAACCGGAAAUGAGACGUUCUGGGCUGCCAUCCGCGCUUAUGUCGACUUAUGGAUCGACAACGCAGACGCGGGUACAUACACAUACUGGACCCUGAUCCCAUCUAACGGCACCUUCGCAUUCGCCUUUUCGCCCUUCUUCGCGCCUGGCAAGAAUGUAGAGGAAGCAACCGCACUCCUGCAGCCCUGGUUCAACAAGCUCAACGACUUGGGCGUCAAGUUCGACCCUAACAUCACUCAUUACGACAACUACUACGAUGCCUGGAGAAACUCUUUCCCUCUCGAAGCCGUCCAGAAGCCGAACGUAGCGACCGCGUCACGUCUGUUCCCUCGCGCGAACUUCGAAACGGCCGAGAAGCGUCAGGAGGUAUACGAGCGCAUCCGCGCAUCGAGCGAGAAGAACCGCGUGCAAGUCCACUUCAACAUGCAGGCCAAGGACCCUUACAACACCGAAAACGCCGUAAAUACACAUUGGCGUCCACUGGUCUCUUUCAGCAUGCAAUCUGUGCGUUGGCCCAUCAACAGCACCGCCGAGGAGAUUUUGAAGAUCCGCAAGGACUUCCAAGCAGGCGACAUGCAGUCCUGGAGAGACAUCAGCCCUGGCGCUGGGUCCUACCUUGCUGAGGCUGACCGUCUCGAGCCGGACUUUGGUAAUGCGUUCUUCGGUGACAACUACCCUAGGUUGUUGGAGCUGAAGAAGAAGCUUGACCCACAAGAUGUGUUCUUUGCGACUACCGGUGUGGGUAGCGAGAGAUGGCGAGUCGAGAGUGUAGAUGGGCUACCUAAUGAGAACGGCAAGCUAUGUCGUGUGUAA